AGCUUCUCCAGAUCCCCACAUAGACUAUUUUACUUUUCACGAUCCCCUGUGCCCUUGACCCCGUUGAAGUAUUGUCUAGAAUUUUUUUUAAGUCAAUAUCAAUAAUCUUUGGCAUCCACACCUUACUCACUGCAGAUCAUGGCAGAUGUUCGAUCAUUACUUCGCAGUGAGCUCGCCGCCCGCAAGGGCUCAUCCCAGGCAGGGAGCGCCGGGAACCGUGUGACCAAGAAGCGAAAGGUAGACCCGGCAGAUGAUUUGAUGCGCAAGAGGAUGAAACCUACAAGCGCGCCAUCCGGUCAGCCGACCGCGCACACCGUACAGCCACCCAGUGCACGAGCUAUCGAGGAGGAGGAAGAAAUAGAGGGAUCGGAGCAAGAUAUCGCCGGACAGCAGCUUCCUUCGGACACUGCACAUGAGCAGGAAUCUGCUGAAUCGAUCGCACAGCCAUCAGACAUAUCCCUUGUAGCCUCCGAACCGUCUGCCGCGACCACCGAGGUCAUCGAUGAAGAUGAAUGGGCUGCGUUCGAGCGCGAAGUCGCGGCCCCAACCCGCAUGCCGCAUCGGCCUGCUGCGCUUGAAGCGGCAGCCACUAUAUCAGCAGCCCCUGUAUCCGCAGAAGAACUCGCCGCGCAACAGCAGAAAGAAGCUGAGGCAAUCAAGAAAAGCCGGGAGGCUGAGGCGGAAGGCGAGCGGGAAGAUGCGGCGCGAUUUAUGGAAGACGAAUUCGAUGAGAUGGAGCAACUAGAGGAACGAGUUAGACGCCUGAAGCAUAAGCGGGAAGAGUUAAGGAAACUCAGGACUGCGGAAGAUGCUGAAGUGCAAAAGAUGGACGAGUCGUCAUCGGCCGUCACCCCAGAGGAUCAACACAAUCCUUCUGCGGGAAAAGAUGAUGACGAUGAAGAUGACGACGACGACGAUGACGAUUAUGACGACGACUGGGAUAAUUGGAGAUUCAAAUGAAUUUACGCAGCGACGGUCAGGCGUGGGCAACUAAAAGGCGUCAUUUCAUACGAGGGAGGUCCCGGACUUUACUUACAGUGAUACCCAAUAAGCUAUAUGGAUGUGAAAUCACAGGGCAGUGCUAUUAAUUCUCUUAAUGGGCCACAGUACACUUUUGGCAGCGUGGGCGGUGUCUCGGGUUAUGUUGGAGCGGCAUAUUGUACCCUAACUUUGUCUAACAUGGACCCCUGGUAUCUACGGGCGAGAAUGUAAACCAGAUCAGCCAAAAGGAUUGAGCAUGUAUUUUUACAGUCAUUUGCAAUCA